AUGGCUCUCGCUGAAGCGAUGCUGCCGUCGAUAGUUACAUUUUCAAGCAAUCAAACCCUGGAGGAAAAGCAAACAGAAAUUGUCAAUAACUGGAAUAUUGAUCAGACCAAAACCAGUCCAACAGGUGAGGAGAUGAAACCCCUUAUUCAAGUGGAGUUCAGUGUGGUUGAGUCCCCUCCUUUGAACAAGGAUGAAGACGAGCUUUCAAAAUUUCUGGAUCUAGAGUUUAUUUUAUCUAACUCUAUUACAUCAGAUAAUGGGAACAACUCUUCUCAACAACCAACCGCGUAUCCGUUACCAGAAUCUCCAGAGAGUUGCAGCACAAUGUACGACAGCGACGGUUCUCACCCUACGCCCAACACAUAUGCUGGCGGCAACUUUUCCACCUGUUCUGGUCACAGCUUGGUCGCGGAGCUGCUCACCCCGGACAUGAGUUACCAAGCGGACUCACAGCCAGAAUACAACCUGAAAAGACCAGUGGACAGGCGGGAAUAUACGGAACUGAGGGCGCUGGAUACAGGAAACCCUAUGCACUUAUCUGUAACCAGUGUCAGUCAUUUGGGAUACAAAAUCAAAACAGAGACCCACGAGCAGUCUUGUAUGAUGGCAAACGGCUUCGCGGGGCACUUGUAUGAACAAAAACCCCAGCACAGUGCUCACACGCCGAGCCAGCUCCCCAUGCAAGGGUUUGUGCAUCACGGUAUGCAACAAAGUAUGCCCCGUGAUAUACUGGGACGGAAGGACUGUCACCUGGCAGAAAUGAACUCUCACCACCUUCACAUAGGCCACCAACAGCAAUACGUGAAUGGGGCGCACUAUCCGCCACAGUACCCUCAACACCAAGGUGGGCAGCAGUAUCACGGACAGUAUGGUAUGUUCAGGGAACCCUUGCGUGCACAUCAUCCGCCCAUGCCAGGUAUGAUGUUGACACCACCAUCAUCACCGCUCUUGGAAUUUUUCUCUCCCGAGGACAGCAAACCAAAACGAGGCCGUCGCUCAUGGGCAAGGAAACGCACUGCAACGCACAACUGCGAGUUCCCUGGAUGUGGAAAAACAUAUACUAAGAGCUCUCACCUGAAAGCCCACAUGCGAACACACACAGGUGAGAAACCUUACCAUUGCAGCUGGGAAGGUUGUGGUUGGAAAUUUGCCAGAUCUGACGAGCUGACGCGUCACUACAGGAAACACACCGGACACAGGCCGUUUCAGUGCCAUCUGUGCGAAAGGGCUUUCUCCCGAUCAGACCAUCUGGCUCUGCACAUGAAGAGGCAUAUGUAA